AUGCUUCACCGCGGCUACGACGUCUGGAUCAGCGAUGCCGACGACCGCCGGAUCCCCGAGUACAACAUGGAGGUGGAGGGCGCGGACGGGAAGACGGUGGCAUGCUACAUACCCAGUGAAAGCGGCAAGCGCUUCAUCAUACACUGGAAGGACCACAACGGCCAGCAUCAUACCAGCUUCAAAUGCCUCCUUGAUGGCAAGUGGGCUGGAGCCAACACAUGCAGGCCUAACAGCGGCGGAAGUCGUAUCGGGUUGCGCACGACGACGAACAAGGACAGUUACAGCCCCUACCAAUUCGCGGACCUCCGCACGACAGAGGAUGAAACUGCGCUCUGGGCUGCUGGCUCCCUGGAGAAACUUGGCACCAUAGAGGUUCGCGCAGUGCGCAUACACGCACACACACGGACCGUGCCGUUCAGGCCCUCCACCUUCCACAGCGUGGACGCGGUGCACGAACGCAGCAAGAAGCUCGGCGCGCACUGUGUAACCCUCGGGGCGACGGUCUCUCAUGGACAUGGAAAGUCGGCUGAACAAUGUUUCUCCACCCCUCUAUACCCGCACGAGGGCUCGUACGCUACCUUUAUCUUCCGAUACAGGCCUACAGCGCUCCUUCAGGCGCAGGGAAUCAUCCCUCCCGCGGCACCCGCAUCCGGCCAAGGCUUCGGUGCGGGAAAGGGCAAAGCACGCGCUCAUUCCGACGAACUAUCCAUCUCCGGCCCGUCACACAUCAAACCCGAGAAAUCAAGAGGAAAGGACGAGGCGAAGGCGGAACCCGCCCGAGCCUCGGGCUUCAAUUCAGGUCCAGGCGACCGCUCGGUGCUGUCGGACGUCAUCGAGCUGUUCGACUCUGACUAUGAAGAAGUAGAUCGCAAGCCUGUCAUCCACCGAUCUGGCGGGGCACGACGCGUAAAACCAGAACGCGUCGAGGCCGAUCCGGACGACGUGAUAGACCUGACGCUCGACGACUGA